GUCAGUCAGUCAGUCAGUCAGUCAGUCAGUCCAAUUGGAACGUUGCGUAUGGUGCUGCCUGUAGUUCUUCUUCAAGGAGUUUCCUGUGAGAUCAUUCAUUAAAAUGGAAUCUCAUAAGAAAUGAACAGAUAUCGUGUUAGAAUCCGAAGUGAAACAAUAUGUUGUUGCCAACAAUUACGCAGCCUUCAUACAUAUUCUCAAAACAUCGCGAACAUCAAAACGUGCUAGUAUUAACAUGGUUACGGAAGAAGGAGACUACCCGAUACAUCAUGCGGCACGAUCGUGUAACGUUAAAACCCUGAAGAAUGUUCUGUCACACCCAGAAGUGAAUAUUGAUCAAAUGACAAAGAAUGGUCUAACUGCAUUAGAAUUACUGUGUGAUCGUAUAACUAAUGACAAUUGCAAAGACGUGGCAAAAUGUAUAUUGCAAUUGUUGAAAAACAAAGCUACAAUUCCUACAUCAAUAAGCCAAGCAAUGCAAGCAAAUUAUCAAGAAAUUUACAGUACCUUGUUUGAUGAAACACAACGACAAAAGAUUGGACCAAACAUCGAGAAUAAAUUCGUAUUAGUAGGCGUGUUUCUCAAGUAUCUAAGGGAUAAUUCAACUGAAAAUGUUUCGAUAAGCCAAGUGCCAAUGUUAUUGAAAUGGGCAAUCAAAACGAAGAAUGAUAAUGCAGCAAAGCAGUUAAUCGAACAUUACAAAACGUGGUAUUAUAAAGAAAAGCUAUCUGCAGAUUGUAUGAUUGAUCCCCUGGAAGAGAUUUUACCAAAGUCGAUACUUACAUGCUGCUGUAAAGUUGGAAAUUACACUGUGCUUGAAUAUUUAUUUCAAAACUCAACCGAAGAUGAGUUGAAACAUCUUCUACAGAAACGCCUGUAUGGAAGAUUUGUGGAAGGCAACUUGCUUGUGUUGUUAAUUCAUAAUAUUGAUGAAAACAACCCAGAUUGUCCCUUUUUCAAAUGCUUAAGGCUUUGCCUUAACAUAUCCCUUAUCGAUGUAGACAAAGUGGAUGGUAGAGGACGUCGAGCCUUAGAUUACGCAGCCAUAUAUAAACUAAAACGCGUGCAGAAGCUGCUUCUAGAAAAAGGCGCGUACAUUUUCGGGAAGGAUAAAUUUGGUGAAUCUGUAAUUUGUAAAAUAGAUCAAAAUGUGUUAGAUCAUUAUUUUGCUUCCCGUCUUGAAGAAUCGUCUGAACGAAGAGGAAAAGAACAGAAGUUAAUUAAUCGGAUGUGCAAAACAGACAAGUGGAGUAGAAGUUACUGAUGUAAAGCUUAAGUUAAUAAUUCACGAAAUAAAAGAGGAAGAGGUAUGAAGGAAACGAAAUUUACACACAAAGGAGAUCUUUUUUCAUGUACUGCUUUGUCCGAUAGCUCCAACCUACAAUCCAUUCCACUAACAAACGUAUCACACAAAGAGACAAAUAUAGAAGACAAUGAAAAAGAAACUGGGGGAAAAAAACUUUAGAGACACCAGGAUAAAAAUAUUUUAAAAAAAAUCUGCUGUAAAAAUUCGAAAAUGUCGAAAUUUUCCGUUUUAGUUUGUAUAUCAUUUAUUGCAGUAAGGGCAUUAUCUAAUUCAUUAAGUUCAGAAACAUUAAGGGCAUUACGUUCAGAAACAUUACCCGCUAUAAUUAUGAAAUCUUUCGCAAUGUACACAGGGAAGAAGUGUGAGACAUAAACUUUCAACUAUACAGUUAUCUAAUGUUUGUGGUGUUUAUGUUUAUCGUCAUUACGUUAUCUCAUUUGUUUGGAGAUUUACCUGGCAACGAUGUUUCGGUGAUGAUCCUUCUACAGUCAGUUCCACCUGUAACCUUUCGCCAAAAGAAGAUCGCCAUAGUACCCGUUACGCCUGCAACAACAAACUACCCCAUUUGUGCUAUCGUACGUAGCUUUAAUACCCUGUCGGAUAAUGUUGAUUAUAGUGUGCCAUUUUCGCCAGUCUGAAUCCUUAUUAGCCAUUGCUAACGUUGAUUUCCUUGGUUUAGUUUUUGUUUUGUAAACUUAGCUUUAAGAAACUGUUGUAGCCGUCAAUAGGCGAUAAGCUCUCUAAUGCAAAUACGAAUACAAAUCACGACGAUUGUAGCUAGGGCUGCAUUGAACAUAUGUACCGGUUUGAAUCAAAUUACGAUUUUUUUUCCACAUUUUAUGCAUUUUUGUUUUAUAGACUAGGCUUUUGCCGUAUUAUCAAUUCGUGGAAAACAUGAUAAUUUGGGUUUGUUUACCUUAAUUGUGUGUUACAAUGAUGAACUCUACGAAUAACAAUACUACUACAUUAAAAUCACAAUCAUGCAGACUAUUGCAAAAUCCAUCGAUCCUGCCAUGCCAUUAAAUUGACUACAUAUGAUUAAGCCCGUGAGGUUAUUUAGGCCGUCUCGAAGUACUGAUAACA